UAAAAAAAGGAGAAAACAAAAACCAAGAAACUGAAUCUAAAUGGCAAUUAAGGUACACCAAAUAGUAGUUCUAGGGAAGAAGUUAGGAAUCAGAAUCACUUUUCAUUCUCUUGUAGCAAUUUUAACAGCUAUUUUAGUUGUCACUGCCAUAUAUUUUACUCAAGAAGGAAGAGAAUGGUCUCAUGAAAAGACUAUCUUAGAUGAAUCUUUAUCGAAAUGUGACAUGUUUUCGGGUAAAUGGGUUUUUGAUAAUGAAUCUUAUCCUCUCUAUAAAGAACAAGAGUGCAAGUUCAUGUCAGAUCAAUUGGCUUGUGAGAAAUUUGGAAGGAAGGAUCUUAGUUACCAGAAUUGGAGGUGGAAGCCUCAUCAUUGUGACCUACCAAGGUUCAAUGCAACAAUAUUGCUUGAAAAGCUAAGGAACAAGAGGCUUGUGUUUGUUGGAGAUUCACUCAAUAGAGGCCAAUGGGUUUCAAUGGUUUGUCUUGUUGAAUCUUCAAUUCCUUCAUCUCUCAAAUCCAUGCAAACCAUUGCCAAUGGUUCACUCACAAUUUUCAAGGCCAAAGAAUACAAUGCAACAAUCGAGUUCUAUUGGGCGCCAUUACUCGUGGAAUCAAAUUCAGAUGAUCCGGUGAAUCAUAGGGUUCCGGAUAGAAUUGUGAGAGUUCAAGCCAUUGAGAAACAUGCUAAGUAUUGGACUGAUGUUGAUGUUUUAGUCUUCAACACUUACCUUUGGUGGAGAAGACAUGCAAUGAAUGUUUUGUGGGGAUCAUUUGGUGACCCUAAUGGAGUAUACAAAAAGGUAAGAAUGGUUAGAGUAUACGAGAUGGCCUUAAGAACUUGGUCGGAUUGGUUGGAAGUUCAUAUUAAUCGAAACAAGACUCAAAUGUUUUUCGUUUCUAUGUCACCUACUCACCAAAGGGCUAAUGAAUGGGGAGGUGUAAAGGGUGAAAAUUGUUACAAAGAAAGAGAUCAAAUUAUAGAAGAAGGAUAUAGUGGAAAUGGCUCAGUUCCUAGAAUGAUGCAAGUGGUGGAAAAUGUUCUACAUGAUUUGAAAACAAGAGGUUUGAAAGUUGAAAUGCUUAACAUCACACAGCUUUCUGAGUAUAGAAAAGAAGGUCAUCCAUCUAUCUAUAGGAAACAAUGGGAGCCUCUAACAGAAGAGGAAGUAUCAAAUCCAAAAACUUAUGCAGAUUGUAUACAUUGGUGCCUCCCUGGUGUGCCGGACACAUGGAAUGAGCUUCUCUAUGCGAAUGUUUUUAGUAGAUGACACAAAAUUCGAUAUUGCAUGAAAUAUAGACUGUCUGAUCUCGAUUCAACGAGUGUUAAUGUGAUCUCGAUUCAACGAGUGUUAAUGUGCUAACUGUGUGAAUACGUAAGAUGGAUGACGGUAGAACAAUUAAAAUUUCAAUUUGUGUUUUUGUUUGGUUAUAUUGUUUUCACUUAAUGGUGAAGUGUAAAGAAUAUUGUAAUCUCUAAUCCUAAAAGAAAUCAUAAAUGUCUUAGUGUUUUUAUAGUUUCUGAUUUGUUAUGCGUAGUAGAAUACAUAUGGCCAGGAACUAGUAGUGAUAA